UCUAGCUUUUCUUCUCCACGCUUCCCCGUGUCUUAAGGUUUUAGUUCACUCUGUUUCUCUCUAAACCAGUAGAAGUGAAACCUUUUCCCUAGUCCCGACAAAUGGCAGAGGAGACGCACGAUGACCCCGCAGUCGAGAAAGAAGCCAAGGAAGCGACGGAGGCGACGGUGGAGAAGGACGAUAUCGAAUUACGAAUUACCACCGCCAUGCGCUCUCGCGUUGGCCACUUCAAGGAACAAUCCGAUUCAUUGACAUUCGAGGGAGUUCGGAGAUUGUUGGAGAAAGACUUGGGGUUAGAGACGUUUGCAUUGGAUGUUCACAAGAGAUUCGUCAAGCAAUGCCUGUUAAAGUGUUUAGAUGAUGGCAAUGAUGAUGAAGGCUCCAAAAGUUCUGGUGAAACAGUGGAGAAAAAUGUAAGUACAAUCACUGAAGGAACAGAAUCUCCCAAAGGACAGCAAUCUAAGAAAGAUACAAAGGAACCUUGCUCUGAAGAUGACAAAUUGGAAGAAUCUCCUGUUUUGGGCCUUCUAUCCGGACCAAAAACUAUGAAGGCUGAGAAUAAAGAAAAUAAAGAAGUUUCUGAGAGUACAAUAAAGAAAUCUAUCAGAAAUAGAGCUUCAUAUGUUAAAGAUAAUUCGGAUAAAGUCACAAUGGCUGGACUCCGUCGGCUUUUGGAGGAAGAUCUUAAACUUGAUAAAUAUGCACUUGAUUCAUACAAGACGUUCAUAGCUGAACAAUUAGAUGAGGUAUUGAAGUCUCGUGAAGCUCCUGCUCCUGCAAGUGAGGUUAAGAAAAAAAAUCUCAAGAAAAAUUCUCAGAGGGUUAGCAAGAAAUUGAGUUCUUCAUCAGGAAGUGAGAAUGAUGAAGAAGAGGGAGACGAAGAUGAUGAAGAAGAAGAGGAAGAGGUGAAACCCAAAAAAAAUAUCACUCCUAAAGGGAAGAAUAAGAACAUUGAAGCACUUAAAAAACGGAAAAAUCUUCUGAUGCAAAGGCGAGAAAAGAAACUUUACCAGUAUAUGGGAAACGUGUGGAACAUCUGAAGUCAGUUAUCAAGUCAUGUGGGAUGAGUGUUCCUCCUUAUAUAUACAAGAGAGUCAAACAGGUCCCUGAGAAUAAACGUGAAGCCCAAUUAGUUAAGGAACUAGAAGAGAUUCUUUCCAAAGAAGGAUUGUCUGCAAAUCCUUCAGAAAAAGGUCAGGAUUCUGGCC